AUGGAGGCACCAAAGCAGAUGGAUAUUGACAUGGGAAGUGAGUCGAAGCUUGAGGCCGCGUUUGGACCCCAUGAGGCACUUUUGGUGAAGCAGACCAUGAGAGGUUGUCUUCAGGAACGCUUGGGCUGUGAUGCCAAGUCAGAGUACAAGGUGGCACCUUUCAGCGCGGACCAGAUGGAUGGCUACAGAGUCAGUGACAUGGCAAUGUCGGUUCCAGAUGUAUUGUAUGCCACCGAGGAGUCCAGUUGUUGUUGCAGGGUUUGCAAUCCUGCAGGACGCAACUCCAAUUGCAGAUCUCAGAGGGGGGAGGACCCGGUGGUGAGAAAGUACUGUACUACGACAAGCCUCUCACUUGCCCUGCAUUCAUCGUAG